UCGCGUGCCUCCCAUACCUUUGCCUGUCGCCUCUCUCCAGAGGCGAACGAGUGAUGACCGAUGCUGGGCCGGGGCAACAAAUCCAUGGCAACCGCGCUGGUUCGAGCAGCGCCUCGCCGGACGAUGAGGCACGAGUUCGGCUGGAUUUACUCGAUUCGUUCGGUUGCACGCUUUGGCAGGAUGGUCUGUGGCGGCAAACAAGCAUGCGUCCUUUCAAGUUGUAUCACCAAUCCAAGGAUGAUUGAUUGGGAGUUUAACCAACCAUUACUCACAGUCGAUGCGCUGGAUGCCAAUUGUUGCAGAUUGUGUGCAAGGGCGAAUUCAAGCAACAUACUGCUCUGGGUCAAGCAGCACAUCAACCUGUAUCCAACUCAAUCUUUGGUGCUCCUGCGGAUGGCAGCAAUGUAAACACAAGCAGUAACAACUAAGAACUCAGGACAAGGAGAUGGAUAACACCGACGAAAAUGACAACUGUGGAGUGCAGAUUUCUCCUAUACUUGAUACAACGGUACAACCAUUUCUUACUUUGUUAUACCACUGACUAAAAUUAUUUACUUCGUUAUCACCAUGAUUUUUCUUUGAAUAACUAAAGGAACACACAACACCAUCUUCUGCCAAGGAACAAGAAGCACCAUCUUCUGAAAUUGGUACUGCAACCAAAAAUGAUUCACCCAGCACUAGCAAGAAGUCCUACAAAAGGUCUAAACUCCAAACUGCAACUUUGAACCUAAAAUUUUACAUGUCCACUUAAUAUUUAUUUGCAAACAAUCCCGCGGAUUACAGUACUGGAACUGAAGCCAACAAAUCACCAUCAGCAAAGAAGAAGAUGCACUAAUCCAAAAAGAGCUUGGAUCAACAUUUGAAGCGCUAAUUAAAGGAAUGGUGACGUUCUGCAUACGUUCAUCUUUUUGAGUGAUUUAGUUUGCACUAAUAAAUAUAUUGCCUGCGUGCAAAUACUACUGCAUGAUCAGAUGAUCAGCAACUUUGCCUUCACAAGUAACUGUGUUUUGGUAAUAUGUUUGCAAAAACUACUCUUG